AUUGCUACAUAUUCUCUCAGUAACUUCUCUGAAGGAGAACAGGCACCUGAUAUUUUAUAUGUAUCCACUAGCUUUAGGCUGAGUUGCACAGGCUGAGUUGCACAGGCUGGAAUUUACACCGCUGGAAAGAAAACUUUGGAAAGCACAUCUCAAUCCAAGGACUGAAGUGUUCCAAAUGAAAACACUAGAAACAUUCAGUUUGGCAGGCAGCAGCUGCGGAAAGUAAAUCAGCGUCAAGUAGCUGGAACUCGGAAAGAGUGAAAUCUAGUCUGAACUGGAUACGAAGAAAUGAACACCACAGGCUCGUCAAAGAAUCUGAGCUGCCGCGAUUUGCGUGACCCCACUGUGACCAAAGUGCCCAUUCCUCUCUUAUACUCCUUGGUCUUCAUCGGAGGACUCCUGCUGAACAUAUUGGCUGCCUGGAUCUUCUGCCAUGUUCCAAAUAAGUCCAGCUUUGUGAUUUACCUCAAGAACAUUGUGGCAGCUGACCUGCUGUUGAUAGUUACACUUCCAUUUAAGAUCCUCUCUGAUACACCUAUUGGGACCUGGCAGUUGAAAGCCAUUGUGUGUCGUUACACAGCUGUUGUGUUCUACAGCAGCAUGUAUGUCAGUAUAAUCUUCCUUGGCCUGAUCAGCCUCGACCGGUACCUUAAAAUUGUUCAGCCUCAAAAAAAUCUCUUCAUGCAGAAAGUAACGGUUGCCAAGGUGAUCAGUGUGGGCUGCUGGGUUUUUAUAAUGAGCUUUGCUCUGCCGAGCAUCAUUUUGACCAACAAGGACCCCACACCCGAAACUGCAGGUGCCUGCAUGAAGUUGAAAAGUGAUAUCGGGCGUAAUUGGCACGAGUUUAUAAUUAUCAAAUGCCAAGUUAUUUUUUGGGCUGUUUUUCUCCUUCUCACUCUGUGUUAUUUAGCCAUCUUAAAGAAAUUAUAUUGGUCCAAACGGAAAUUUCAGAAGGACUCUAGCACCGUGGUAAAGAAAGCAAACCGUAACAUUUUCAGUAUCCUGGCUGUCUUCUUCAUCUGCUUUGUGCCGUACCAAUUUAUCAGGAUCCCGUACGACAAAUACCGAUUGGCCAACAAAAACUGUGUAACAAGUAACAGUCUGUACUAUGCAAAGGAGUUCACACUGCUCCUGUGUGCAUUUAACGUUUGCCUCGAUCCAGUCAUCUACUUCCUCCUGUGCAAGGCCUUCACCAAACAACUGUGCAGAAAGUUGAGAAUGAAGAGAAGACUGACAAUCAAAAUGAGUGAAGGGAGGAACAAGUCACACCCAAGCACCACCUCCAACCAAACCAGUGUCAGCAGGAAAGCGACAACUGAACAGAUCAAUUCUAAUUCUCUCCAGCUCACCUCCGAUACAAAGGAAUCUAUUGAGUUGAACCUACCAUGGGACUCAUCAGAAAUCUGAAUGCUACACUUCUCAGGAUGAACAAAAUGAUAGGAACAUCAAAAUCGUGAAAUAUCUGUCACUUUGUCAAAUACACACUUGGAGAAUUUUUCCUCCAAAAAUUCCUCUGGCAACAACUCAUCAUUUAUUUCCUGUAUUAAUUCCUCCCAUUUCUCAAAUAAUGAUGGAGAAAGGUACAAGUCAGUGGAUCACCAUCUACUGUUAAAUAAAUAACCCCAUAAAUGGACUCCUGUUUGCCAUUGAGAGGAAAUUGCCCCCCAACAACUUCACCAACAGGUCUUUACAACAGAAAGCAAAGUGAUUUGAUAAUUUUACACAUCAUUAAUCCAAUGUCAGAUACCACCAAAAAUUCAGGAUGAAAAACGAACCAGGAAUUUGUCCCAUUAGCACUUUCUCAUAAUUCUCUGAUCUGAUCUUGGCCUGACCUGAAUUUCCAAGUGGUGGUACAAUAAGGAAUCUGGACCUUCUGCCUGAUUGCUCCUUGCUGAACAAGAUUUCCAUCUCACCUAGUCCCAUUUUCCAGUGCUUGGCUCAUAUGCAAAUCUUUCCAAUCCACAUAUCUGUCUAAGUAAAUGUCAUUAAUGUAUCUGACUCAUUCUAUAUAACAACCAUGCUCUGGUUGAAAAAAAUUGCCCUCGUGUUUCUAUUAACUCAUUGCCCUCUCAACUUAAUCUAUGCUGUUUAGCUCUUGCUUCCCUAACCCUGAGAAAAACAUUGCAUGCAUUGAUCCUCAUCUCAAUAAGAUCACUCCUCAUUCACCUGCAGUAUUGGAAAAAACUUUCUGGAUAGCUCUCUCGAGGCUCGGCACCAUCUUCGUAAUUACCUUCUACACACUUUCUCGCCUCAAAGCCAUCUUUCCAUUAAAACAGGGUGACGCGGUGGCGUAGUGGUUAGCAUAACAACACGACAUUGCCAGCGACCUGGUUUCAAUUCCUGUUGCUGUCUGUAAGGAGUUUGUACCAUCUCCCUGGGACUGUGUGGGUUUCCUCACGGUGCUCAAAUUUCAUCCAAAGAUGUACAGGUUAGCAAGUUAAUUGGCCAUGUUGGUGUAAUUGAAUUAUGAGUCAGAGGGAUCUGUACUGUGCUGUACCUCUAAAGAAAACUGAACACAAUAUUUCAAACGUGGCAUCACUGGUCUUUUAUGUCAGUUUCAAAGUUCAAAGCAAAUUUAUUAUUAAAGUACAUACAUGUCUCCAUAUACUAGCCUGAGAUUCAUUGUCUUGUGGGCAUUCUCAGUAGAUACAAAGAAACACAGCUGAAUCAAUGAAAAAGACACACCCAGCAAAGAUGGUCAAAUGACCAAUGCGCAAAAGACAACAAACUGCAAAUACAAAGAAGAAAAAAAAUCAUCAUAAUAAAUAAAUAAACAAUGAAUAUUGAGAAAGUGAGUUGAACAGUCCUUGAAAAUGGGGUCACAAGUGGUGGGUACAAGUGAUGGGACAAGGAAAGUUGAGUGAAGUUAUCUCCUCUGGUUUAAGACCCUGAUGGUUGAGGGAUAAUAACCGUUCCUAAAUCUAGUGGUGAGAGUUCUGAGGGUCCUGUACUGACUUCCUUAU